UCUAACAGGCUUAAUCGUGCUGUGAUCUCAGGACGUGGGGUUUAUGAUGUUGGACCUGUGCUCGUUUUCUUCCCUCUCGUGCUUCUGCAUGUGGAUAUCGCUCGUUCGGUGCAGCAUUCAAUAUAACAUCCCGGGAGACGCCAGACAUGCCAUUGCGCACGCGCAGCGUAGUCAUCUGACAGAUGAGCGCUUUGGACGUUUCGCAGCACCGCUACAUCGAGGGCCACCGCUGGGAACACAGAGCAGGACACAGACUCCACGAGGGACCGUCUCCUGCAAGAAUAAAAGAACUCGUCACACGGAGAGCACCCUGCAAGAACACCCGCGGGUUUGGAGGUUUGCAAGCGCUGAAAAUUCAGUGUAAAAUGUAGCCAGCAGCGCUGGUGAGGGGUCGUUGUAAUUUCUCGGGGGCUGCAUGGCUCUUCCCAGGGAUGCCAUGAAAAUCAGAGCAGCCGAGUGACUGAGAGACCGCUGCUCCUCGUUAUCGCAGACACCCGGCGGCGACGGUGGAGGAGGUGAGCGAUGGAUCCUCGUGGAAAGAUCUACACGAGGUAGCGCUUACGAAGAUCCAUCCAGGGAGAGCUGAACGUCUCUGUCGCGCAGUGUAGCCGUGUAAAGGAUGGAUUUCAGCCUGCUCCGGAAUAUCAUCAGCAGAUACUGUGUCGGGGAGGAGAUCUGGGUGGACAGUCGGACGGUGUAUAUCGGGCAUAAAGAACCCCCUCCAGGAGCUGAGGCGUACAUCCCUCAGCGUUAUCCCGACAACCGCAUUGUGUCCUCCAAGUACACCUUCUGGAACUUCAUUCCCAAGAACCUGUUUGAGCAGUUCAGAAGAAUCGCUAACUUUUACUUUUUGGUCAUAUUUUUGGUUCAGCUCAUCAUCGACACCCCCACCAGCCCAGUCACUAGUGGCCUGCCCCUCUUCUUUGUUAUCACGGUCACCGCCAUCAAACAGGGCUACGAGGAUUGGCUCAGACACAAAGCUGACUGCUCUAUAAACGAGUGUCCGGUGGACGUGGUGCAGCAGGGGAAGGUGGUGAGGACACAGAGUCACAAGCUACGGGUGGGGGACAUCGUUGUGGUGAAGGAAGAUGAGACGUUCCCCUGUGACCUCAUUCUUCUCUCCUCUAGUCGCUCUGAUGGGACCUGCUACGUCACCACCACCAGCUUGGACGGGGAGUCUAGUCACAAGACCUAUUAUGCUAUACCAGAUACCAUGGCCUUUAGAACAGAGCAGGAGGUGGAUUCGCUACAUGCCACUAUUGAAUGUGAACAACCGCAGCCUGACCUCUACAAAUUUGUGGGACGUAUCAAUAUUUACAAGGACAAAGAAGAGCCUGUGGCGAGACCACUUGGAGCUGAGAAUUUGCUCCUUAGAGGAGCCACGCUGAAGAACACACAGCAUAUUUACGCUGUUGCAGUCUACACUGGCAUGGAGACCAAGAUGGCACUUAAUUACCAGUCUAAAUCUCAGAAGCGCUCUGCUGUGGAAAAGUCGAUGAAUGCCUUCCUCAUAGUGUACUUGUGCAUCUUGAUCAGUAAAGCGGUGAUCAACACUGUUCUGAAGUACGCUUGGCAGUGGUCGCCCGAUCGGGAUGAGCCCUGGUACAACCACAGGACUGAGCACGAGCGUCAGCGCCAUGUGGUGAUCCGAGCCUUCACAGACUUCCUGGCCUUCAUGGUUUUGUUUAAUUACAUCAUCCCCGUGUCCAUGUAUGUAACGGUGGAGAUGCAGAAAUUUCUUGGCUCCUAUUUCAUCAGCUGGGACGAGGAGAUGUUUGACGAGGAGCUGGGAGAAGGCGCUCAGGUGAACACCUCGGACCUGAAUGAAGAGCUGGGACAGGUGGAAUAUGUGUUUACUGAUAAGACGGGCACUCUAACUGAGAACAACAUGGAGUUUAUCGAAUGCUGCGUUGAUGGGAACGUCUAUAUCCCACACGCGAUCUGCAACGGCCAAAUCCUCAGCGCUGCGUCAAGUAUAGACAUGAUUGAUUCCUCACCUGGUGGCUACAGGAGAGAAUACGAGGAUUUGUUUUUUCGGGCGCUGUGUCUGUGCCACACGGUGCAGGUGAAGGAGGAGGAGACGGUGGAUGGCAUCAAGAGGGGCAUCCACCAGGGCAGGCCCACCUCCUUCUACAUCUCUUCCUCACCAGAUGAGGUAGCUUUGGUCGAGGGAAUGAAAAGGCUCGGUUACACAUAUCUAAGACUGAAGGACAACUACAUGGAGAUCCUCAACAAAGAUGACGAGAUUGAAAGGUUUGAAUUGCUCCAUGUGCUGAACUUUGACUCUGUCAGGAGGCGAAUGAGCGUUAUAGUCAAGUCGAGCUCAGGAGACUACCUGCUGUUCUGUAAGGGUGCUGACUCAUCCAUUUUUCCACGAGUGGUCUCGGGAAAGGUGGAACAAGUUAAAGCCCGGGUGGAACAAAAUGCAGUGGAAGGGCUGCGAACUCUGUGCGUCGCCUAUCGAAGGCUCUCACAGUCUGAAUACCAGGAGGCGUGUCAUCACCUGAUGGAAGCCAAACUUGCCCUGCAGGACAGGGAGCAGAGGCUGGCUCAGGCCUAUGACAUCAUUGAGAGAGACUUUGUUCUUCUGGGUGCCACAGCAGUGGAGGACAGGCUCCAGGAGAAAGCAGCAGACACUAUUGAGUCACUGCACAAGGCUGGGAUGAAAGUUUGGGUCCUGACCGGGGACAAGAUGGAGACGGCGGCGGCUACUUGCUACGCCAGCAAGCUGUUCCGUCGCACCACCCAAAUCCUGGAGCUCACCAAGAAACGCACGGAAGAGCAGAGCCUUCACGAUGUGUUGUUUGAACUCAACAGGACUGUUCUCAGACAGCGCUCCAUCUCUGGCUUGUCCGUAGACUGCCUCGACUUUGGCCUCAUUAUCGACGGGGCCACUCUUUCUGCAGUAUUGAAGCCCAACCAGGAGGGUGCAGGCCACGGCAACUACAGAGAGAUCUUUCUAGAGAUCUGUCGUAACUGUAGCGCCGUACUCUGCUGUCGCAUGGCACCUCUGCAAAAAGCACAGAUUGUGAAGCUGAUUAAAGCCUCCAAGGAGCACCCCAUAACCCUCGCUAUUGGCGAUGGAGCCAACGAUGUCAGCAUGAUCUUGGAAGCACAUGUGGGAAUUGGCAUCAUGGGUAAAGAAGGUAGACAAGCAGCAAGAAAUAGUGACUACGCCAUCCCGAAGUUCAAACACCUGAAGAAGAUGCUUCUGGUCCAUGGCCAUUACUACUACAUCCGAAUUGCUGAGCUCGUUCAGUACUUCUUCUACAAGAAUGUAUGCUUCAUCUUCCCUCAGUUCCUCUAUCAAUUCUUCUGUGGAUUCUCCCAGCAGCCUCUGUACGACACGGCGUAUUUGACGCUUUACAACAUCAGCUUCACCUCCCUCCCCAUUCUGCUGUACAGCCUGGUUGAGCAGCACGUCAGCAUGGACACAUUGAAGAGAGAGCCCUCCUUGUACAGGGACAUUGCGAAGAACUCCCUCCUCCGCUGGCCUGUCUUUCUCUACUGGACAUGCCUGGGUGUGUUUGAUGCUGUUGUCUUCUUCUUCGGUGCCUACUUCCUGUUUGACAACACCACCUUCACCAGCAACGGCCAGCUUAUGACCACCAACACACAGAUGAUGUUUGGGAACUGGACGUUUGGGACUCUCAUCUUUACUGUUCUGGUGUUCACUGUAACACUAAAGCUUGCCUUGGACACGCACCACUGGACCUGGAUUAAUCACUUUGUCAUCUGGGGGUCGCUACUUUUCUAUGUUAUCUUCUCUCUUCUCUGGGGUGGGAUCAUUUGGCCCUUCCUGAACUACCAGAGGAUGUACUACGUGUUCAUGCAGAUGCUGUCCAGCGGUCCGGCCUGGCUCAGCAUCAUCCUCCUCAUUACAGUCAGCUUGCUGCCAGAUGUCAUCAAGAAGGUCCUCUGCAGGGCCAUGUGUCCCACAGCCACUGAACGCGCACAGGAUCAUCAGAAGCUGUUGCCGGGUAGCGUGGCGGCCGUGACUCCACUGUCCUUCUGUCGAUCCUGCAAAGGCACGAGCGCGGACUCCUCUCACCUCCACCUUGGCACCGCAGAGUCACUGUCGCUCUGCAGGUCUGACCCUCUACCCCAGAAACUCCUGGCCCAUUUGGCAGAGAGCCGAGGGACAGAAUUGUGUCCUCUCAGCCCUUACAUGCUCCGUCUCUCUGGGGCAGGGUUCGCCUACUACGCUCCUGGGCCGGAAACCUCAGUGUGAACACAGAUGCAGACUCUGAAGCUUCUGCAUCUCAGAGAUCCGUGAAUUACACAACGCAGACAUGUUCAAACACAUCUGAAGCAUGGACACUCCAUGCUAAGUUCACCAUGUGCAUUUUUGGGCUACACCUGAGUGAAAAACGCUUUAGAUAGUAUUGCCCUUACUCCUAAUUCACAUACUUGUCUCAUUUUUUUUUUCUUUUUUUUUUUGGUUUGAUUCAGCAAAUUCCCUGCUCAGACUCUUACUUGAAAAAGUUUAUGAGCAAAAGGAGAACCAUGUGCGAAAAUGCUUCUCGCACUGUGGAGCUGUGCCGUUUGAACUGUUGAACCUUUUUGUAUUUCCUCGUCUCAUUUUCAGUCUGACACUCUUGCCUGGUCCUCCACUUUUGCGUCCCCUUUUUUCGCUUCUUUGUAAAUGUUUGUCGGAAACAUUUAUGUACAUUUUGUGGUCUGGCCAAGUAAGGGGGAUAGCCUUCAAGCUCAGCCCUUUAGGUGUGCGUGCGUGUGCAUGAGCGUGAGUACGCAUGAAUUUUGCCUGUUUAUUGUAUGUUUGUAUGUGACACACCUUUGCCUUACAGGUAACAACACAGCAGCAGGCUAGGAGCCAAAGGAGAAAGGUGUUUAGAUUUAGAAAAACUGGAAAAAAAGAAGCAUAAGUGAUGUUUUUACAAAGCCUUACACACAACCAUCAGCUGAAGGAGAGAGGCGGGGGAAAUCUGAAGAGGGAUGUGCAGUAUUUUAGCCACCCUGCCUUAAUUCAUAGAUGCCCUUUUUUUCCCUUUUAAACUGAUUAUAUGUGGUCACUUUAAACACAUUUGUGAGAGUACAAGGAGGUUCAAAGAGCAUAGAUAUAAAUAUAUACAGUACAAUGAGUCUAUUAUUCCUCCUACUUUCUUUUACCCUCACAAUUGUGUCGAGCUUUGUUUCCCUUAUCUGUCAGCGUAGCAUGUCAGAUCUCUCUCUGCAUGCUGAUUUAUUCUUCUCUCAGUUGUUCCACAUCCCUCUUUGUCCCAGACAUCAUUCAUCACCAAACCUUUCAUGGCACUUGUGUUUUUUUUUUUCCUUUUCCCUGAACAGUUAGCAAAACUGCACCCUCUCCUGCCACCACGUGGUUGUGCAGGGUAACAGCAGCAGCCUGGGACUUGUUUGCGUGUUUGUUUGUGGAUGUCCUAAAUGACUUGCUACUCCUCCCUGUUGCAUUGUGCUCGUGUGUUUGCUGCUGUGCUCCGUGUUAUGCAAAAGUUAACGUAAGAAUGCUAAUGUUGUCACGUUAUAAGGGGCUGUCUCUGUGUCACAUAAUUCCAUGAGGCUUUUUUUU